AUGUCACAUAUCAUUAUGAAAAUAACAAACAGUUCAGUUGGCAAAAUCUGGGUCCGACUAAAAGUGAAGCUUCCAAUCAGCCUGUCACAAAAGCCAGGUAAGUGAAAUUUUUCUAGUUUUCUGCCUCAGGCACCACUAUGGUGUGGACAACAGCUAGAAAGCAAAGGCCUUAAUUGGAGGGACAAACUAAGCGCGCUAAGUAUGGCGUACCCUUCCCAUGACGGACUAUGCGCGCCAGGUACAAGAGAGACGCCUGGGUACGAAGCAAGCUAGUAUUUAUGUUGUGAGAUACUCAUCAUCCGGGAAAGGCUGGCCCUGUUAUUAUGCAUAUAAUUUUCAGACUAAGGCCCGUUGGAGAUUUGAUAACUAUUGGUAAAUGGCCAACGCCUUCGCAACUUGAGUUACAAUGAUCUUCGUGUGCAGAGUAAAAGUAGACCCUUUUCCAUAUUGAUAACAUCAUGCAUAGUUUCAUCAAAACUCUGGUUGUUGCUGAUUUUCCAAUAGCAGCCCGUUUUUAGCACUUAUUAUACAUUGUACUUACUAGCUGUGCUCUCAUUGUUACAGCUACUUUUGUAAAUUAGGGUAAGCUACAGAUAAAUUAGCAUAGGUAUUUGCUAAUAGAUAAGUGACUAAUUUGUUGGUUGGCGCGCAUGAUUUCUACGAGCAAUGGCGAACUAAGCCGUCAAACUAUGUUCCUUGCGACGUUCCCUUUCGCGUUAUUUCUUCCAAACAGCGGUUAAUACGGCAGUUAUAAGUUUCAUUUUUGCCAACGAGCAGCCUAAUAGGGCCGUGCACAAAAGUUCCAAGGCACAAUGAAUCUCGAAGAUAUGUUACAUAAGUUAGAGUAAGGUAACUUUUAUGACGUAAUGCAGAACAGAGAAUGCAUUGUUUUCAAACGAACACGUGAUACAGAACAGAGAAUCCGCGAGCCGUGCGCGAGUUUGUAAGUCCCGUGCUCAUCCCAUCUUCAACCAAUCGUCGGGUGGAUUAAUUCGCAACAUAAACGUAUAGCUGUCGCAUUUGCCCGCUGGAAUUUUUUUGCUUCGGUAAUUCAUAACAUUUCUAAACAUUUCUAACGUAAUCUUCAUAAAUUGAUCGUUUCUCAUUGCACGAUGUCUUGACGCUACGACUUGUAAUGACACACACACACACUGAGAGUUUUGAGAUUCUUGGAUUACUUUGCCAUCACUUGCUGAUUAAAGAAUUUUCCUUGCUUUGCCUCUUGCUUUAUAUCAAGGAUACUUGCCUUCCAAUGUACUGCGAACAAUAGUCUUGGAGAACAAAGACAGUCUUGAGAGAAACAUUGGAGCUGAAAUUGUUACCGUAAAUGAGGUCACUUGGGACUCACCCACCCUCACCACAGAACGAUCCACUAUUAAGGUAGUCACAGUGUUACCCACCACUUUCCAGGGAUCGCUCCAGGAAUAUUACACCAGUUUUCUUCCCUACGUGCUAGGAGCCUUUUGCCUGACUGCAGCUUUCAUCGUAGGUUUCGUGUUUUACAGGUGAGAGUUUUAUUUCCCUCAACAUACCCUUUAAAUGUCACUCCUCAGUAAACGAAAUUCUGGCAACAUGCCUACUCUAUAUAAUUCUUUAACCUGUUGACGAAGGCUACCAUUCAAAUGAAAACUCUCUAUCGAAACUUUGGAUUACAGCAAUUUAUAUCAUGAUCUUAGCAUUUUAUAAUGAGAAGUUUUAUUUUUUUUAUAAGACUUUUACUUAGGAUAUUGGGUUUUUAAAGGGUCAGGCCAUUGUGCGACCCUGCAAUAAACUUGGAUUAAGUUGCUGUUCAGAGCCAGAGAACGGAGCUCGAAUACAAGGUCGCGAACGCCUCUGAUAAAGGGUUGGUGAUUCUCGAUUACCUUAGAACGUUUCACUUUUUCAGCCUUAUAUUUCAAGUAACCAAAUCCCAUAUUGAUUACUCGUUAGUCAGAUAAUAAACAGGGGCACCCAACGAGAAUAUAGUUCAAAACCACUUAAACAUAGCAUUGUUAAACGUAUUUUAGUAUUUAUACGGUAGAUAAAGGCAUAUUUUUAUCCCCUAAAAAUUUUUCAUCUGUUCGGAUUUCCUAGCUGAAAGUCUAGUGAUCCGAAAAUUAUAGGGAUCAAAACUCGCCUUUUCGAAAAUUUCAGCCAGAAAAAAGGCUCCCGAAAAUUCUAGGUGACCUUUUUAGGGUAAAAAUCCGUUUAAAAUAGGCAAUUAUACCAUUUUUUAGAUGUUCGAAAAUCCUAGGAGAGGCAGGCAAGCAAGAAGUUUUACAACAAAUGUUCCGAAAAUUCUAGAUCUCAAAUCGUCUUCCGAACAGAUAUUUUUCCGAAAAUUGUCGUUGGGUGCCCCUGAAUAAACUAGAGGAUUCCUUGUUUAUAUAGAGUUAGAAGCAACAAGCAAAAUCUCUCCGAAAUCGUUUUCUUUUUUUUUAACUUAAGGAGAAGCAAGUUACGCGGAACAAGAAUCCAGCCUGAAACAACGUCCAACAAAUCCGAAGAGGAAUUAAUUAUCUUGUCAUCACGGAAGACGUCAAAAAGUACGAGGCCUCGCUCAGCUUCAAACGAUACUAAGAGAACGGUGAGCUACAGAGCAACGGAAUCAGAAAUCAUUCAUUUUUAUUUACGAACUGGAAAUGAAAACACCUUUUUGUUCUUCCUCCUCCCUUUUCUUUGAUGCUUUUCUUGUACUCGUCAAAACCGGUCCCGUUGCAGCACUUAUGUGCAGAAAUGCAAGUUAACCAACAACGAAAAUGGCAACUCUGGCAAAUUUCUCCUUAAAAGCCGAGACUUCUAAAUCCAAUUCGAUCUGGAACGCAUGGCUACGUGUUAAUGAGUUCUUAAGAACUCCUAAGUGCUCCGUGGUAAACAAAUUACAAUUGUAAUUACAAAUUCAAAUGAGCUGUAAGAUUAGCCUGAGAAAACAGCCGACAUUUCGCGACGUCACGACUGAUAUCCUCACGAUAUGACGUCUGAGAAACGGACGGGGGUAGAAAUUCCAAUUCCAAUUCCAAUUCCAAUUCCAAUUCCAAUUCCAAUUCCAAUUUCAAUUACAAAUUCAAAUGAGAUGUAAGAGUAGCCUGACAAAACAGCCGACAUUUCGCGACGCCACCACUGGUCCCCAUCCCGAUAUGACGUCUGAGAAACGGGGGUAGAAAUUGCAAACUGAUGAGGCGUUGCUACCCAAACCUGCUUCUGAUUGGUGGAAGCAAAUCUCCAUCCAAUCAGAAGCACAACCCAGGGUUCGGCAAAUACCAAAAUGACUUCAUCUUCUGAAUCAUUCGAGCCAAAUCAGGCCAAUCUAUGGUCUCUCACUGCACUUAAGUAACACGGAAAGACGCAAAACUAUCGAAAAAAAUUUUCUUUCAAAACGGCACUUUGAAUCCUCACGAAAUCACUGAAGGAUUUUCAUUCAACUAUUAAAUUUAUUCUUGUUUUUGUAUAUGUUUAUAUAUCAUGUUCCCAUCGAUAGCGUUACUUCGCCUAUAGCAUUCGAUACACAAACCACACACAAUCCUCAUCCUUUAAAUAGCUCUUACUGGAGGCUAGUACGCCGAAACUUCAGCUUUUCUAUCUCCACAUGGUGGCCAGUCUAACUUAUCAACUCAGUUGAAAGAAACAGCAUCUUGUUACAAGCCAGCCUGCUGGCAGACGUAAUUUAACCCAAGUUAGUAACGUCUGCAAAGCUGCGCCGUGAUCCUUGUUUUUGUUCCGCAAAGGAAUCAACAAAUUACCGGAACUGCGUUGGCAAAUCUACAAUUGCUUCUUCAACGGGCCAAUCAUGGUGUGUAUCCGGCAUACUCCUGGCACACAGAUGGGGGCCUUGCCUAAUCCCUGGGCCUCAUUAUUACGCGCGGCCAAUUCGUCUUGGAUACGUGACCGAAGUGAAUUGACGGAGAAGGCCGGGGAAACGCCGGAAAGACUAGGCAAGUGGGGCCCCAGAACAAGGAUUUCGGCUCUGUUUCGCAGACGGACUUACCGGUAACCAGAGAUUAGUUCGUCUGUGACGCAGGCUAGUUACAAGCGUUAAGUUUAAUCUGCCUAAUCUUAUCUUCCAAAGGGUAGCAAUCAGACCGACUUAAAAUCACUAGACGACCAACUUGAAAACUUAAGACGAAACAAGUACCGUUUUUCGUCGGAAUCCGAUCUUCGAGAAUUGAUUCAACCCAAUUCAAAGUUAUGCAACGACGACGAAACCGAGGAUACGAGUCCGGGAAACGCCCUCUUCCUAACGAAAUCACGUCUCCGAGAACUGACCAAAGUAUCAACAUGA